CUCAUGGUUUCAGCUGUGACUCACACACAUGGCAGAGAAGCAUUAGAGAGAAUUAACAUUCAAUCUCUCAGGCACUUUCCUGAGAGCAAAUUCCAUUCUGUCCCUGUUGCUUAAUCUCCUUGCCCAGAGGAGAUCAGCAGCACUUUCUGGAGGGUCUGAAUGGGUCAGAUGGACAGGUAAACCUGGAGCAGAAACAUCAUGGAGCAAAGGCUACUUCAACUGGAGUAACUGAGCAGUGCCUGUCUGACAAGCAGCUGCAUUUAGGAGCAUGGCAAGGAGCUCUGCUUCACCUUUACUGGGGCUGAGAUCAGACAGUCUGGAUUUGUUAUGGCACACACACACUGAGAUGCCUGACCGCAUCCUCUGGGACUGAGACAGCUUCGGCUGAUGCAGGAAUCCAGCAGCCGGGGCCUCCUCAAGUUCAUUGUUAUGGAAGUGAAAUGGAUUCAUGUGUUGGCCAUCUUCUUCUUUCUGCUGUCUGUAGCUAUGACAGGCUGCUUCCUGUGGCAGUACAGCCUCCCCAAACUGGAUCCCAACCCAUCUGUGAUGGAAGUAAGAUCAGAAGCUGUGCAGAUGUGCCCCCGCUAUCCAGAACCAGUACCACUGGACCACCCAGUCCCCAUUCUGAAGGAUGCAUUGGAGAAGGUAGAUAUGAUGCUGCGGCAGAAGAUUCAUAGCUCUGGUCUCCCUGCCAUGUCAGCCAUUGUUAUCUACAAUGACACUGUACUGUGGACAGGCAACUUUGGAAAGAAGAAUGGCUCAGAUCCCUCCUCAGUGGUGCCGAACGAGUAUACUAUUUACAGAAUUGCCAGUGUAUCCAAGAUCUUUCCAACCAUUAUGUUGUACAAGAUGUGGGAAGAAGGGAAAGUCACAUCUCUGGAUGACCCUUUGGAACGUUAUGUCCAGAACUUUGCCAUUAAAAAUCCUCUGGGAAGGUUCAAGGAAUCAGAACAGAGAUAUACAGCAGAUGGGCUGAUUUUUUUGGAAAAAGGCUCAACACCACUUAAGCCAUCUCCUGUUACCUUGCGUAGAAUGGCCAGCCAGCUCUCAGGUCUGCCCAGGAAGCUGCGGUCUACCACCCUGCUGUGGAAAGGCAAUACACAAGAUGCUCUGGCUCUCCUGAAAGAUGAUGUCUUGGUUGCUGAUCCUGGAACCAGAUGCCACUACAGCAAUUUGGCCUUCUCACUGCUGGCGCAUGUACUAGCUGACCAUGCAGCUGAGGGACAAUACCAGCGCUGGAUCUCAGAGAACAUCCUAGACCGCUUGGGCAUGGAGGACACUGGCUUCGACAUCACACCACCGAUCCGAUCCCAAAUGGCUGUGGGUUUCUAUGGCAGCCAGCAGCCAGCCCCUCUCUAUGACCUCGGCUGGUACAGGCCUUCUGGCCAGAUGUACUCCACAGCUGCUGACCUUGCCAAGCUGGCAAUGGUCUUUUUAGGCACCUAUCACCGUCGUCUCUUAGAGCCUGACACAGUGAAGACAAUGCUGACACCUCUGUUUAAGUGCUCCACUGAAUAUUUUGCUAACAAGACUGGCACACCCUGGGAGAUUAAUGAGCAACUGGGUUAUGAUGUCAUUAGGAAGGAUGGAGACCUUGAUGGAUAUUCAGCUACCUUCUCACUUAUCCCCAAACUCCGCCUGAGCUUCAUUGUACUGAUGGCAGGGCCCAGGCCUCAAGGUGAAGAUAUUGUAACUCGGACAUACGAGUAUCUGAUUACUGCCAUGGAGACUGCAUUCAGAGAGGCAGAGAAAACCUUGUCUCCUCCUCCAAGUCCAGUCCCUUAUGUUGGCUACUAUACCUACUCCAACCUGACUUUCUAUGAGAUCAAAGUUGGACCUGGUGGGGUGCUGGUCAUGCAGCAGUUUGGGCCUCACGUUGAAGAGCUGAUCCCUGAGAAAUACCGGACAAUCAAGCUCCAUCACCUGGAAGAUCGUGUCUUCCAAGUUGUUUUUGACAAGGAGUUCCCUUGUGUUCUGCAUCUUGGCUCUGCUUCCAUCUCACUGGAGACCCAGAAUGGGCAGCUCUUUAAUUUUUAUCCAUUUGAUCGCAAAGGUUUGUCUCCUGGGUUUGAUGCACCGGGCCUGAACACAUACAAUGUAUUGCGUGUACUUCGUAAACCUGUAUUCUAUAGCUAAAUAUCCCUUCUCCUUUUCUGACCAUUCCUGGGAGGAUGGCUCAAAAUCUGCAUCUUACCAGACUCUCCUGUCCACGUGGCUUUAUGGAUGCCGCUUGAAAGGGAAAGAUGCUGGCAAAUGACUCCCUUGUCCAACAAAUAUGUCAUGUAUCACUUCUAAAAUAACUGCAAUGGUUUGCCACCCCUGGCACUGCAUGACAGGCUGGCUAGCAAUGGAGGAUGCCUACAGAAAUAAUAAGUGGGAAUGUG